UUCAUAUUUCCUUCUCGACCUUUGGGCUCUUCACUUCUUUUUCCCUGUUUGCCGCCGCCGUCGCCGCUCUCUUUGGGUGGCGAUCUGAGUUUACCUGAUUGAACUCGGUGAGUAAGAGCGAGUCAUGGGCAGCGAGUUUAGGUACGAGAUCGCUCAGAAUGCGUACAUAAAGCUCGUGCUCCACUCCCUCAAGCACAAGACAUCCGCCGUUAACGGCAUCUUGAUCGGCCGCGUCUCUUCAAACGAUGUCGUUGAGAUCGCUGAUGCAGUCCCUCUUUUCCACUCUGGCCUGGGGCUUCUCCCGCAACUCGAGAUCUCCCUUAUAUUGAUCGAGGAGCACUUUUCUGCUAAAGGCCUCAACAUAGUUGGCUAUUUUCACGCAAAUGAGAGGUCUGAUGAUUAUGCACUUGGUGGUGUGGCAAAGAACAUUGGGGAUCAUAUCUGCCGGUACUUUCCCCAAGCAGCCACUCUUUUGUUGGAUAACAAGAAGCUUGAGGCUUUGAAAACUAGCAAGGAACAUGGUCCUGUAAUGCAGCUUUAUAUUCGGGAUGCAUCUAAGAACUGGAAGCUGGGACGGUCAGAUGGAAACCCAAUAUUCACUUUCAAGGAUCCAGCGGCAAAUGUGGUCUUGUUGGACUAUAUUUCAUCUGAGAAAUGGAGUGACGUAGUGGAUUUUGAUGAUCACCUCGAUGACAUAAGCAAGGAUUGGCUAAACCCAGGACUCUUCAACUGAUCCAAUCUCUAUAGUUCUUUUUCAUUUUGCCAGUGAAUGACGUUCAUGCUUAUUAUGGUGCUUAUGCUGGAUUCUCAACGGUGAGAAAGUUAAGAAAUAACUUUAAGCUCCGGGUAAGUUAGUUUAGGAAGUUUCUGCUGAUGUAUAAACCAGAAAUUCACAUCCUACGGAACAAUUUUCAGUGUCUGAUUCAGUGAAGCGCUUUGUUUUCCAUGGUGGCGGCUGCAUUUGCAGGAUCAACUCUAUCAUCAUGGAUGUAAGAUUUUAAGUGUAUAUUUUAAGUAUUUAUAUUUGAAUUUCCUUGCGUUGCUUGCAACAAGUUACUAGUGGCAGAAUAAACAUUUGAUGUGGCCACUUCCACCAUGCUGGGUAAUCUGGAUUUAUCACUGAGAUAGACCCGGUGAGAGAUCAAAAUUUGUGAGAUUGGUCCAUUAGUUUGAAUUAGCUUUCGUAAUCUAUAGCCAGUUUUGUUA